CGAACAGAUAAGUCAAUCAUUAUUGUAAAAUGUACUCACUGCGAACAUGUUGCUUCAAAUGUGUGUUUAAAUAUGUCUUAGUUCAUUUCUGUGAAAUUUUUGUGUUAAUUUUAGUUAUAAGAUUUUGGAGUGCGUACAAAUAGGGGUGUUUUUUAUCAAGUACGAGAAAAGUCUAUAGAUCUUGCAUACCCUGGUGUCAGCUGAGACUGUGUGUGAAAAUGUAUUUUGGACUUUAACAUGGAAAUGGCUACUUUAAAAGAUGUAGAACAGGGUGUCCCUGAGGAGAGAGACAGCCAUGAACCGCUUCUUGGAACUAUUUACGAAAAUGGUCAACAGCCCAAAAUCCCGCACAGACCAGUCAACUUACCAUCUUUUGACACAUGGAACCUGCCGCGCCACUACCCUUCAAACCUCACCAUGUUCGAUUCCACUCCAUCGUCAGAGCCGUCGACAGUCAACAACACACCUCUCGGAGAAGGCGUGGACAACCUCCCGAAGAGAUGGAGAAGAAGUGACAGAAGACUGAGAAGAUUGAACACGGAACUGUUGGAAGCUAUUGAGACACAUGAUGUGGAGGAAGUGGAAAGACUGCUCAAAGCAGGCGCGAACCCCAACGCCACCUGUCGCCUGGACCUGGUAUCAGCCUGCCACGUGGCCGCGCUCCAUGUCAACGACACCCUGGCUCUGCUCCUCAAGUUCGGAGCGGAGAAGUACAGGCAGGACAGCAUGGGGAGGACUCCAUUGCAUUUGGCGGCAUGGGCUGGGAACGCUAAGCAGAUGGCGAUACUACUCGACUUCCCUGAGGAUAUGUACGACCGAGUUGGCGACGAGUUUUCUUCAGACGUGGAAGCAGACGUGAGGAAACUGUGCGAGAAGACCAGGACCUUGGCCAACGUGAGGUGUGACCUUGGGGAAGUCAAACCCAUCCUGCCCAGCACUUGGAAGGACAACAUCGACCAUAACUGCCGGGAUAUUAAGUGCAGCCUCCCGUUACUCCAACCAGGCUGGACCCCCCUCCACGUGGCCACGUCAUGUGCUCGGCUGCACUGCACACGUUUACUGCUGGCCGCUGGAGCUGACCCCAACAUUUGUGACCUGACUGGAAGAACAGCCUUGGACGUGGUCGGCUCGGCCAUUUAUUUUGACCAGGAAGUCGAUUCGCAGAACUUCACAGAAGUGAUACGGAUGCUACUGAAAGCUGGCGCUCUAUUCAACACUAUGAAGAUCAAAGGACUGUCCAAUGUAGACUCCCCCCUCCACACAGCAGUAGUCCUGGACAACCUGGAGGCCAUCAACGAACUGCUGAAUGCUGGAGCCUCCAACGCCUGUUUGAACUCAGCUGGUCAGACACCGCUUCAUGUCUGCAUAGAGAAGCAGUUUGAAGAGUGUUUGCAGGUCCUUGCCAACUACGGCAACAAUGACGUGGAUCCACUAUGUGCAUCGGUGGAUGUAAAAGACAGGGAAGGUCACACCGUCCUCCAGGCUGCAGUGGAAGCCGCCUGGGUGCCGGGAGUGUGUGUGGCUUUGGAAGCAGGUGCUGAUGUCACUUUGAAGGCAAACGACGGAGAAACGCCUAUUCAUUCAGCGGCCGCUCUUGGUAACUUAGAUGUUCUUAAUGAGAUCCUCAGCGUCGCCAAACAAAAAGACGCCCUCGACUAUCAAAAUGAAGAAGGUGAAACGGCAUUAUUCAAAGCAGUAAAACAUGGCCAUAUAGGUUGCGUGGAAGCUAUACUUAACGAAGGAGCUUCAUUUAAAAUAACUUUACCUGGAGAUGUUAAUGUUUUACACAUAGCUGCAGAAUCAGGUCACGCUGAUAUACUAAAGUUUCUAAUAGAAUAUGACGAAGAAAAAACAAAUGAAAUGAUCAAUGCUUUGACAGCUGGAGACAGAAGAGGUUUUGGGCCAAUACAUUUCGCAGUUGCAGAAAAUAAUGUUGAAUGCGUAAAAUUGCUGCUAUCAAAAAGAGCUGAUGUAAGACUGAGAACAACAUGUAGUCCGCAUAAAUCAUCGACUCCGUUACACGUUGCCGCAGUCAAAAACUCAGUUGAGAUUGCUAAAGUGAUUUUGAAUUUUGAUAAGACUACAAUUUAUGAAGUGAACAGUAUGGGAUGGUUCCCAAUACACUCUGCGAGUCAUCAUGGAAGUAGAGACAUCAUAACCCUUUUACUGCGAGAAGGGGCAGACUUGUCAGGGUACACUGAUGGUCCUAAAAAGUUCCGUAGGACAGCAAUGGACAUGAUCAUCAACAAUUUGUCUAAACCGACAGAAUUUAUGGAAGACGUUUUCGAUUCUUACAUAGCGACAAACAAUUUGAAUCUUCAAGAUCCAAAUUGUGAAAUAACGAUAGAUUAUAGAAUUCUCAUGCCCAGUGUUUGUGAGAUGGAACAAAUGAAAGUUAUUGAGGCUCUGUUGAAGACAGGGAAUCGGUAUGGCCAAAAGAGGUUGUUGGUUCAUCCAUUGGUGGAAAGCUUUUUAUAUUUGAAAUGGAAGGCGCUGUUGCCAUUUUUCUAUACAAUAAUAGCGGUAUACGCAUUCUUUCUGAUGUCGUUAACAGUGUUUGUGGUGUCGGUGUUUUUCUACAAUGAUACACAUGAAGAACCGCCGGUUUGGCUGAAUCCCCAAAUUUGGGGCUAUGUUAUGUAUGCUUCCAUUUGUUUGAUACUUAUCCAGGAAAUGCUGUACAUGAACGUGAAAUCCAGUAGGUACUUCCUCCAACUCGAGACCUGGGUGAAAUUUGGCUCCAUCGGGCUAGCCAUCAUUCUGCCGUUAGCGGUGCUCAUUAUUUCUGGGUGGUCGGACUCAGAAUGGCCAAGACACGUGGCCACCCUGGCAUUGCUGCUGUCUUGGCUGGAGAUGAUGUUUCUCCUCUCCAGAUUCCCCAAUUGGGGGUAUUACGUGCUCAUGUUUGGGAAGGUGGCAUCUAAUGUUAUAAAGAUCCUGUGCACAUUUGCUUUCUUGGUCAUCGGAUUCUCCCUCAGCUUCAUGAUUCAGUUCCAUUCCCAAAUGCCUUUCGAGAGUCCAUGGGCAGCCAUGGUGAAGACGGUAGUCAUGAUGACGUCAGAAUUUGACUACGAGGCUUUAUUUGAUGAAGAACAUUCAGCAGAUUUAGCAACAUCACUGGUGAUAGUUAGAAUUAUAUUUUUAGUCUUCUUAAUUUUGGCAGCUAUAGUGUUAAUGAAUUUGAUGGUUGGUGUUGCAGUUAAUGAUAUUAAUGAUUUAGAAAUACUUGGUAAUAUAAGAAGACUGGCGAAGCAAGUAGAGUUUUUGAGCACUUUAGACACACUAGUUUACAACAGAGUGUUCAAGAAACUGUUGCCGAAGAAAGUGAAUAAUAGCAUCAAGACAAAACGCAAUGUGAGAAGUGUGCUAACAUUAAGUCCGGGAAAGCCAAAGUGGAGGCAUUAUAAAAUUAUGCCGUCGCGGAUCCGUGAUGCAAUUUUCGAGAAAGCAAUGAGACAGAAGAAGCAAAUGGACGAUGAAAUGGGCUUCCAAGAGUUCAAAAGUAAAAUAGAAGAAAUCCAUACAGCGGUUGUAAAGGAUAAAGAAAAAAGAUUAGAAAUAGAAGCUAAAAACCUAGAAGGUCCUGGUAGGCAUAGAGCGAGACACGAGGAAAUAAUGAAGUGUCUGAAUGAAAUAGACGAUGAAAUGACAGAGAUGAAAGAUCAGAUGAAUACGUACGUAGAAGGCACUAAGUCGCCGAUUGACGAAUUGAACGUGAAAAUGGACCAAAUGUCGUUGGAAAUAGAGGCGAUCAAACAUUUUUUGACCAGGCUAGAGAGCAAAAUAGGGAGGUUGUAGAUUGUUGAAAACAAUAUUAGUAAGUAGUAAACGAAUUUUGUAAUUAAUAGAAACAGUUUUGUACUUAAUAAACAUACAAUUUUUCAAA